AGAUAUAUAAAAAUGAAUUUUAUUUUAAUUAAAAUAAAGAUAAUAGAAAUAAUUAAAUUGAUUUUUUUAUGAGAAUAAAAUGAAAAUUAGAGUUAUUUAGUUAAUUAAUAUAAUAUAUUAUUUAAAAACGUGUCAGCUAGAGAAAUAAUGUUCGAUUUGAUAAAAAGAAUAAAAUAAAAUUUGUUUAUUAAAAAUUUAGAUGAUCUUGUUGAACGUUUAAAUGAAUAUGAAUAUUCAUUUAAUAGUCAAUAUGAUUUAAUAGAAAAUGUUAAUAAAAUAAAUCGAAAAGAAAAUCCAUCUCGAUCAUGUAAAUCACGUUUUGAUUUAUCAUUAAAAUUAUUUUAUUAUUCUAUUGAAAAUAUCUUAACUAUUGGAGAAGAAAACAGAUUAAUUUCAAAUGAAUUUAAUUCACAACAAAUUCAACAAUCAUUUCAAUAA